GAGGAUGAAAACAGUUGCGAGCCGUGGCGAGCGGCUUCAUUUUGAGUGGCGCGUCGCUGCGGCCGGGAGCCGAGCGGGAACGGGAGGUGGGGGCGGCGGGGGGGGAAGAGAUGAAAACGCAAGGCAGGCAAGGCCAGCGAGUUCAUACCAACCGCCAGCAACACAAAACACACGGAGAUCCGGACACCCCCAAGCUCCCUCUCUGCACCAGCACCACCGAGAACUGACAAACAGGCUGCCCCCGCCCCACCAUAAUGACAGUGUGAUCGGGCCGAGUUGUUUUUAAUUUCAUUCCCCUGAUGUGUGCGUGUGGAGCCGUGGUGGUCAACUUCAUUCCCCUCACCACCUUCCCCGCCGCUCACUCUUGUUAAUCGCUGUUAUAUAUAUUUUUUAAUUUAUUUCCUUUUUUAAAUAUUCACCCAUCCUUUUCCCCCACCCCCCGGAAAAAACACUGAACCUACGCCGCCCGUGGAGCCGAUAGCUUUAUGUAUGAGAAGGCCAAGUUUAAGUUUUCCCAUGACUGCAUUAUUAGUGCUCAAUAACAUUAACUAAACAUUAACAAACUAUAGGUACUGUUUAGGUGGAAUCGUGCUUGUUAUAAUUUUGGCAACAGAAGUAUCCAAAACUCAGCAAUAAAAGAACUAUCAACAUGGCCAAAGAUAUUGGGGUAAGAGAAACUAAUGGCGAGAUCAAAGUUUUUACAGAUCAGAAUGUUAGUCCAGCAAAAAUUGCAUUAGUGACAGUAGCAUCUUCGCAUCUCAUGACCCCAGGGAAACAAAUUUUGCCAAAAACGUUGGGGCUAUCAAAUGUUAGUAAUGCUCCUCAGAUGAUAAUCAGUACUCCUCAACGGACACCAACAACACCUACUCUAUUAUUGAGUAGCCCUCAUGGUCCUAAUGUGCACAUGAUAACUCAGGGUGAGACAUCGGACUCUUCUCCGUGGAGUACAGGUAAAAGGAGCAAAAAGGGUGAAAAAAAUGGCAAAGGAUUGCGGCAUUUCUCAAUGAAGGUUUGCGAGAAAGUGCAGCAGAAAGGAACAACUACCUACAAUGAAGUGGCAGAUGAGCUGGUGGCAGAGUUCAGUAAUACGAACAACCACGAAACGGGCUCUGAUGAACAGGGAUAUGAUCAAAAAAAUAUAAGGCGUCGUGUGUAUGAUGCGCUGAACGUGCUCAUGGCAAUGAACAUCAUUUCUAAAGAGAAGAAAGAAAUCAAGUGGAUAGGACUUCCCACAAACUCAGCUCAAGAGUGCCAGAAUCUAGAGAUGGAGAAGCGGAGGAAAAUGGAGAUGAUUAAGCAAAAGCAGUUACAACUUAAGGAGUUGCUUCUGCAGCAAAUUGCCUUUAAGAAUCUGGUUCAACGAAAUCGCCUUGUAGAACAACAAUCUGGCAGAGUUCCUCCUCCCAAUACUGCCAUUCGACUGCCCUUCAUUUUAGUCAACACCAGCAAAAAAACAAUCAUAGACUGCAGUAUCUCUCCUGAUAAGUUUGAAUAUUUUUUUAACUUUGAUAAUACAUUCGAAAUCCAUGACGACAUUGAAAUUCUUAAGCGAAUGCGAAUGGCUUUUGGAUUGGAGUCUGGUGGCUGUUCUGCUGAGGAACUGAAGAUGGCGAAGAGCUUAGUACCCCAAGUCCUGGAACCAUACGUAAUAGAAAUGGCUAAAGGAGUGCAAAAUGUCAGCUCAGGCCCAAGUUCAGUAGCAGCAUCUGCAUCUUCGUCAAGCUUCCAAUCUAGCAGAGCAUUUGGUGCCAGUGAUGCAAUACAAGCCUUACCAACUGAUACCGAAGUGGCCUUAGUGACUAGUCAAGCACAAGGAAGUUUCAAUGGUACACACGUUCCUGAUCCCAGAAUGGAGACUCCUAUGUCGUAUAUUGGUGAUGAUGAUGAUGAAGAUGAUGAUGAUGAUGAGGAGUAUGAAUGAACUUAAUGAUCAUUCUACAUGUAUUCCUAUUUUCUGUUGCCUUUAAUGGCAUCUCCGGAAAGAAUUGUCUCUGAGGCAGAGACUUUAAGAAUUGUUAUUUUGACUUGUGAGGGGUUUUAACUUAAUUCUAUUCUCUUCUAAUUUAAGCAUAAGAAACAUUGAAAACAGAAUUGUCAAGAUACUUUUCUGAAUGCAGGAACAACAGUUGAACAUUUUUAAAUGAUUUUGCUUCUCUGUUGACUUAUUACUGCAGCAAGUGCAGCUAUAAAAGCUACUAGUCGCUCAGUCACAUUUUGGAACAAUAUUGCAGUAACAUCUGUAGCUUCAAAAGUGCUACCGAGUACUGAUGUUUACAUGUUUUUCUUUCUCGGCUGAGCUGCUGGUUUAGCACCUUACGGCAACUAUGUCCCACUAAGGACGGGAAAGAAAUGGAGAUAGUUAUUUCCCCUCCUACAAGUUCGCCGCCUGUUAGAUGGCAUUGAAAGCAGUUGUGGACGGAGUCGUUAAUGUUCCAUCCUUUCAGCUUGAUGUUUUGAAUGAAAUUCGGAGUAGAGGAGAGAGGAUUUAAAAAAAAAUGUUAGUACAGAAAAUAAAUUGAAGUGUUACUUGUACUUUAAAGGCUUUUUGCUGCUGCCAGAAAACUUUGUAAAAAGCAAUCCUGUGAUUGGUUUUAGAAUUUCUGGUACUAGGUCAAUAAAUAGUGCAUUAUAUAGUUCUAUUUAGUAUAUUCCUGGAGCAGCAGUAAUGUAUGAAGUACUUUUAAAGCUUGACUUCACCUUUCAAACAUAAGUAUAGUGGUGUACUCACUGAGCAGAUGCAGAUCUUUUUACCCAUCUUAUCUUUGUAACCACCUACAAAUAAAUGCUGAACAAAGCCUGUUGCGGAAUCAACAGUUUUUUUUAAUUAAAUGCAUUCUUAAUUUUAAAAGCUUCCCUGAUGGCCUGUGAGAUGUUAAAACAUUUUGUGCGGUGCCUAUACAAAUGUUGUGUUUUCUGUGGCAAAUUGUAAAGUUUGCUAUUAUAUUUUCUGGGUUUGCUGCCUGUGGAGUUUGUUUGAUAACGCAGACUGUUUUUGCUGGCACAGCACAUUUAUAAUACUAUUGCAUCUGACUGGUUCUCAAAUUGGAUAUGAGUAUUUGCACCACUAGUGUUGCAUGUUAGUGUGGGGGAAAGAGGGGAACAUGAAAUGUUUUUCAAGUCUAUUUCCUGUUAAUAUUUUAUCUGAUUUGGAAUUUUAUUUUGUUCUGUACACCACCUUUCUGGUGGAACAUGGCUGGUAAAGGGUGAAAGUCGGGUGCAGAUCUGGUUCAGGUUGGCUAAAGAUAAAGGCUGACUUCCUAAAUUGAUUUUUGGUAAUGUAAGUCAAUUGACCCGAUCUGUGUGACUGAGUUGAACUGUUUUUUUUAUCAUUAAAGCUGAAUCGCUUCCAGAUACUGACGACCUCAAUUGUGGAAAGCUGGCAUUUCCUCUCCCUUGUGGAAGCAUGCUUCCUGUUAAUUGAAUGUUGUCUGAAAAAGGAGAACUUGGAACAGUUCCAUUUCUGGGUGACAGGAGGUUUAAGUAGCCUGUUGGUGGAAAGAGAAAAUGAGGACAUGCAGGUCCAGCUUUAGGCUUGAAUUUUCUUGGAUAUAUUUUUUAAUAAAAAACAAAGAAAAUAGAAUCAACUAUUGAAGAAUCCCUCAGAGGUACUGCUUUUGCUAUACAUGCUUUGAGCAGAAGCAUAUUCAUGUUUAGUUUUGUUUAUCAAAGCUUGUUUUACCCAUCAAAUUUUGGUCUCCCGAUAGUAUGAGUAUCUCUGCAUUCAUUGGGAUCAGUAUCAUAAACUUCGGUUGAUUUCUUUUUCCCAGGUGUUUGUUUUGUUACUAUUAGGAGCAAUACAAAAUGCACUUCACACGUCACCCAUCUGAAUUGUAUAUGAUGGAUGAACCUCCUCAUCCUCUGAGCAGCACAUUAAAAUCAGAUAGCUGACAUUUCAAGGUCGAAGUGAAACUUAAAUGUGUUUGUGUUUAUGUGUGUGAGAACUCAUGUGUGCAUCUCCUUGAUUUGAAUGAGUAUUUGGAUCGAAUGAAACAUAGGAACAGUGGCCCAAUCGAGAUCUGAUCAACUGAGUCCAUAUGCGAUUCGUAAAUUGAUUUUAAGGGAAUUUCCUGAAGCAGCUUUUUAUGGACUUUUGUACAUUUACAGAAACUUGGUCACAGAAUUUUCUAUAAACACUAGGUCUUUUUGUAGACCAACUUGAGUAUAUUGGGAAGGCAAUAACUGGAAUAGGAAUUAUUUAAGACUGACAAGUCUCUAAAACACAUUGAGAGCAAAGCAAUCUACAGUAUAAAGAAAAUACAGUAUUUAAAAAACUAUGAAAUCCCGAAGGUGUAUAUUUUGUUGGAAUAGUGUGCUUCAGUGAUACAACAUCUUUUUUCCACAUAACAAAUAAUGUAGUUACUUGCGAUCUUUCCCUGUCCGAAAUACUUUUGUGUAUGGUUGCAAAAUGAGGGUUGGGGCAAGAGAUUGUAAAUGUUGAGACAAAAAUCUAAUCUCUCAAUGCUGCAGUAUAAUCUGUAAUUCAAACAUAUAAUUCUGUCUGCAUUGUUACAAAUGAGGAUGUUGUUUUUAGUUUCAUGACUAUCAUUAAAAUUUAUAAGCUUGAAAUAAAAACAUAAUCUUA